CACGUGCACAUGCAAGAGCAGUGGAUGCGACAAGAAUAGGAAAACGAAGAAGAAGAAGCAGUCGCAGUAGCAGACGGACCGUGAAAGUGAAUUGGGAUUUUGGGGACAAAUGCGGGAGCGACGCGAUGAAAGCGUUUGCGAAAAGUGAAAUUAAUUUUCGUCUGCAACUGUGAAGCUGAAAUUCGUAAUCGGAUCGGAGUGGUUAGUGGUAGUGGCGUUAAUGGUGUCGAAUGGUCGGUCGUUAAAGAUUGUCAAGAAGUACAAAAAAAAAUUAAACAACAACAACAACGAGAAAAGCAACGAACGGAAAAAUGAAGCGUACGGGUCUGUUAAUGAGGCUCAACACUGAAGCAGCAACGAAAUAAUUAACAAGAAAAUCAAAACCAGUGCGAAGUUCAACUUUCGAAAGCAAAAAAUGCAAGAACACAACUUCAACGGACUAUUCGCAUGACAUACGCAAUAUAGGCAAAAAAAAACACACACACACUCACCACACAACUAAAUAUCGCUCAUCACUACCACGACCAACAUCGGGAUAUCACGUAUGACCGCCAACUCAGCAAUCACACAACGAAGUACAACAACAAAAACACGAUAAUGUGUAAAACGAAUGGAAGCAACAGUAGUAGAGGCAGAAGAAAAUCGCAAGAGUGCAGCUGCAGCAGCAGCAGAAGAACUAGCCUGAGUGGGAGUGGUGUGAUAAGCACUCGGCGAACGGGCUAUUGCACGCUGCUACUUUUAGUCAUACUCACAUUGGUGCACAUUCCCAGCGCGAGAUGCAAGCGAAAAGAAAUGGCUGCUGGUCGCCUGGAGAAUGUCACACAAACUAUCUCAAAAAUCCUGCAAGGUUAUGAUAUACGACUGCGUCCGAAUUUUGGAGGCGAGCCAUUGCAUGUGGGUAUGGAUCUUACCAUUGCGAGCUUUGAUGCCAUUUCUGAAGUCAAUAUGGUAAGUGUAUAA